AUGUAUGACAGUUUGACAGUAAAAAUGUUCCAGAUGAAAUCAGAUAAGCUUCCGAUUAUCAAUUCAGCAUGGGACAUACUAAGCGGAGGCGGUUCAGCAUUGGAUGCGAUUGAGGAGGGUGCUACCGUGUGUGAAGUACUGCAGUGUUCCGGAACAGUUGGCUUUGGUGGAAAGUCUGAUGAAGAUGGUGAGACCACACUUGAUGCGCUCAUCAUGGAUGGGAGAACUAUGAAUGUUGGUGCAGUUGGUGCUCUACGAAGAGUCAAAGGUGCGAUGUCAGUUGCCCGGCACAUUCUAGAUUAUACCAAGCAUUCAAUUCUCGUUGGUGAUCAGGCUACUCAGUUUGCUUUGAAAAUGGGGUUCAAAGAAGAAUCCCUUAUUACCCCUAACUCUAAUGAAUUAUGGGUAGAAUGGAACGAUGAAUACCACUGUCAACCAAAUUUCUGGACGAAUGUGGAACCAAAUCCAGAGGAAUAUUGUGGACCGUAUAAGAAAUUAGAUACACUAGGUAAACAGAGAACUCCUCAGAAGAGAAAUGUGGGAAUAGAUAAAUUCAACCACGAUACUAUUGCUAUGGUGGCUGUUGACAAAAAUGGAGAUGUAGCAGCGGGUACUUCUACUAAUGGCGUGAAAUUUAAGAUUCCGGGGAGGAUUGGUGAUUCUCCAAUAGCUGGUUCUGGUGCGUAUGCUGAUAAUACCGUCGGCGGAGCUGCAGCCACUGGUGAUGGAGAUGUCAUGCUGAGAUUCAAUCCCAGUUUUCUAGCAGUGGAGGAGAUGCGACGAGGUGCUUCACCGAACGCAGCGGCCCGAACUGCGAUUGAUAGGAUUGCAUCGUAUUACCCAAGUUUCUCAGGUGCCGUUAUUGCAUUAACCAAGGAUGGAGAGUACGGUGUAGCAUGCCAUGGACUAGAAACAUUUCCAUUUGUUGUCCAAGACAGUACUCGUGAGACGUGCGAGCCUGUUUCUAUUAAUUGUUCGUGAUGGAACCUUGGCAUUAUAAGUAA